AAUAGAUGCUUUGAGUCAGGCGGCGGGAAGGCGAGAGGUGGCUCCACGCAACCAAACAGUCCCGUGGCUUGUUGGAUUCCGCUGGCUGCAUUGCAGUGAGAAAGCCAAGGUAGAGCUUCAGUGUACAGGUACAGGAGGGGGAAGAGGAGAGUGAGAGGCGAAGACAGGACGGUGGUGGCGUGAGGUAAGAGCCGAUAGUGCAACCGAGGGGGAGAGAGAUGGAGGCUCAUCUGCGCACUGGAGGUUUGAAGUGGAGCUGAUAUUGCGGCACAAGGACGGCUGGAGCGCUGGAGAUGAAGCAUGGGUAACCUUCAACCUUCUUAACCUCUUUGACCUCCCAGUGGGCCAGCCAGGAUGGAAAACUAGGAGAAGAGCUGGACUGAUCUGACCAAUCUUCAAGGGCUUCAUCAGAGAGCACGUCCUGGGAGACAGAAGGGGGAGGGGGGUGGAGGUAGAAGAGGAGGAGGUGGUCGGUGGGGGGCUGUCUCUCAGAAGUGGUCUCGCAGUGGUUUCGGCUGCCGGCUGUAUUUUUGGGAUCCUGCGAAUGGAGCGAGUGCGCUGGAAUAAAGAUGUAGUGUGAGCCGGUGGAAGGAGGGGGACCAAACAAGGAGAGCGCUGUGCUAAGGGAAGGAGAGGACGUCCCAGCUGGGCGCACAGACUGGGAGGACAGAUCUUUGGGGGGGAGACAAAGACGGCCGGUGGGUCUGCUGGAUCAGGAAGAUGACCUCUUGCUGCAGAAAUGCGGUGAACAUCGUGGUCACCACCGUUUUUGCAGCGGUGGUCCUCUUCACCAUCCUGCUGGCCUACAUCACAGGUUACCAGUUUAUUCAAACUGAGCAGCACCACCUGUCCUUCGGCCUCUAUGGCGCUUUCCUCUCCCUCCACCUUCUCCUCCAGAGCCUUUUUGCCUUUCUGGAGCAUCGGCAGAUGAAGAUCCCCACUCACCCUCAACAUCUCCGCCGAACUGUGGCCCUCUGCAUCGCCGCCUACCAGGAGGACCCAGACUACUUAAGGAAGUGUCUGCGGAGUAUCAGACGGAUUUCUUUCCCAGGAUUAAAAGUAGUGCUGGUGGUGGAUGGAAACAGACCAGAAGACCGUUACAUGAUGGACAUUUUCCAGGAGGUGAUGGGUGGGGCUGACCAAGCGGGCAGCAUGGUGUGGAAGGGAAACUAUCACAGCGAUGGAAGCGGUGGAGUCGGAGUUGGAGUCAGAGGUGGAGUCAGAGGGAGCACAGUUCACAUGGAGGAAGCAUUACGGGUGACUCGGCUGGUCAGAAGUUGCCGCUUUUCCUGCAUCAUGCAGGAGUGGGGAGGGAAGAGAGAAGUCAUGUAUACAGCUUUUAAAGCGCUGGGGGACACUGUGGAUUAUGUGCAGGUGUGUGACUCGGACACAGUUCUGGACCCAGCAUGUACCAUUGAGAUGCUGAAGAUCUUCGAGGAAGAUACGACAGUAGGAGGAGUAGGCGGAGAUGUACAGAUCCUGAACAAGUAUGACUCCUGGAUCUCCUUCCUCAGCAGUGUACGCUACUGGAUGGCCUUUAACAUUGAGCGUGCCUGCCAGUCCUACUUUGGAUGCGUCCAGUGUAUCAGCGGCCCUCUGGGAAUGUACAGAAACUGCCUUCUCCAGCGCUUCCUAGAGGCUUGGUACCAUCAAACCUUCCUGGGCUCCAAGUGCAGCUUCGGCGAUGACCGUCACCUCACCAACCGAGUGCUAAGCUUCGGCUACAAGACAAAAUAUACAGCCCGAUCACAGUGUCAGACUGAAACGCCAACCCAGUACCUGCGUUGGCUCAACCAGCAGACUCGCUGGAGUAAGUCGUACUUCCGCGAGUGGCUUUAUAAUGCUUUGUGGUUUCACAAGCACAGCCUCUGGAUGACCUAUGAGUCUGUGGUCACUGGUUUCUUCCCGUUCUUCUUGGUCGCCACAGUCAUCCAUCUCUUCUACCGUGGAAGGCUGUGGAACAUCUUGCUCUUCCUGUUGACCGUCCAGCUGGUUGGGAUGCUGAAGGCCACCUACGCCUGUUUCUUGCGUGGUAGCCUGGUCAUGAUCUUCAUGUCGCUCUAUUCUCUGCUCUACAUGUCGAGCUUACUCCCUGCCAAAAUAUUUGCCUUGCUCACAAUCAACAAAGCAGGCUGGGGAACUUCAGGCCGCAGGAAGCUUGUGGUCAACCUGAUCGGGGCUGUCCCUGUGACAGUGUGGACGAUGGUGCUGCUCGGAGGCGUGGUGUAUACAAUUUACUGUGAAACGCAACAGCCGUUGAGCGAAUCCGAAAAGGUCUUGUUGAUAUCGGGGACGAUACUGUAUGCCUGCUACUGGCUCAUUCUGCUGGUGCUUUACCUUGCGAUUGUAGCCAAACGAUGUAACAAGCGGCAAGAGCAGUAUCGCCUGCCGUAUGUUGAGGCAUAAAACUGCUUCAAGAAGUUGCUAAUAUGAAGGCCAACUGCUGUAUCCUCACACCUUUGUGAACUGCUGGAGCAAAUGCACAGUCAUGUCUGUAGUGCCAGUGCUAAAAAGGUGGGGAUGUGAAAUCCAAGCAGCAGGGAGCAGAUCCAGUUGGGGGGGAACUUGUGAGCUAUGACUGAGUCCAGGAAGCACAACACUGCUUGCGCUGAAAGGAAAGAUCAUGUACUCUAUUUGAACAUCAUGAAGUUCAUGGGUAGCGGUUAGCUGACAACAAAAGCGGUCCAGAACAGGGCUUGUGAUGAGAACAAA